GGCGGAGGAGACCUACGGGGAGAUGACCAUGAAAAUGGACUCGCAGAAUCGAGAGCUCAACGAGAAGAUGUUGCUGCUGAAGGCCCUCAAAGAUGAGCUGCAGUCGAAGGAGAAGACCUUCAACGAGGUGAGCCUGAGUCUCGUGGAGAAGACCCAGGAGCUGAAGAAAACGGAGCAGCACCUAACCGACACCAAGGGGAGUCUACUGCUGACAAAGAAGGUCCUCACGAAGACCAAGCGCCGCUACAAGGAGAAGAAACAGCUGGUGGCCUCGCACAUGAAAACGGAGGAGACGCUCACGACGCAGGCGCACAAAAUCCUGACCGUGGCAGAUCUGGCCACCAAUGAAACGAAGCAGCUUCAUGGCACCAUCGAACGGCGAAGGUGCCUGCAUCAGUUCAAGGAUCGCAUGCAGGACAAUCUGGAGGUGAUUGGCGGCAGCCUGAGUCUCUAUUUGGAGCAGCAGGCGGCCUCCAAGCAGCAUCUGAGCCAGGAAUUGGUACCCGUCUGUCCGUACGCGAACACCGUGCAAUUGUAGCCGCUUAGCACCUCUUCGAUCAGGGGCGACACCACCACCGCAUAGACAUCGCAUUGCUUGGACUCGGGGCCGAAGCUCCGAUCAAACGUAAACUUCUUCGUCAACUUCGAGUCGAGGGUGUGGCGUGAGGAUCUCGCGUGG